GCUGUACUAUUUUUUCCCGCUGACAUGUGGUGAACUUGAGUGCCAUGCAAAUGCCAUUUACUUUCUGCACGCAUUACUUAAUAUUAGCAGUUUUCUUGAUUAUUAUUAUCGUGUCAUUUGCUGUGUAUAAGUAUGUAAGGCCUCGUUACCCUGUGAGAGUGAACUGUUGGUUCUGUAGUGAUGAUACAGUUGUUCCCUAUGGUAACAGGAAUUGCUGGGACUGUCCUUCCUGCCAGCAGUAUAAUGGUUUCAAUAAGGAUGGUGAUUACAAUAAACCAAUACCCACUCAGUACAAUGGAGACCUGAACCACCCUGUGUCCUGUGUACAGAGUGAUUUCAUCAGUAAAACUGACGUCCUUUGUGAAAAAUGUUCCAGAAAUCAGCUGUUGAAAACUAAACAGCUGGCUGCAUUUGUUCCCAUGAAUGAGGCUAACUUUGAUACAGAAGUGACAGAGUUUGAGAGAUAUUUAGAGAAACUCUAUAGACUUUGUCCAGAUUGUCAGACUGUGGUCAACAAAGAACUGUUCAAACAGGAUGAACUUCUGCAGGAGAAGUUGGAUAAUUAUUACAGUGAAACUUCACCACUGCCAACAGAGGAUUCACAGAUACAAGUUCCAGGAAGGGCUGUCCACAGGACUGUGAUAGUGGGACGCAUCAUGGAGGUGGUUUCUGCAGUGUGUAGUCUUCUCUUGUUCUUUGUCUGCCUCAGCAGUAUCUUAGACCUCAGGCAAUAUCUACGACACAGUGACUAUUUAACACUAUGUUUAACCAGUAUUAAUGAACAUAAGAGAUUGAUCGGAGUGAUUGGCCUUUUUUCCAGUAUCAUAGAUAAAAUUGCAGUUGGGAAAAACAGACUGUGCCUGUCAGAUGCCCUACAGAUCCCAGUGUGGCUCAGUGUUCUCUUCAUUCAGCAAGGAACCUCUGCUACACCUGUCGUUGUAAAGGCCGAGCCUGUGCUUCUCUUCUGUAAUUUAGUGGUCUCAUCCCUGUGUUGUAUAUCUGGCAGAAAAUCCAGAACAGCACCCAGUAUCAGUAUACGAAGGCUUUCCCUAGAUUUGAGUAAGUCUUCAUCGUGUCCCUCUGACACAUCUAGGAGCACUGUGCUCUACUCGGCCAGUCAGGUGGGAGAUCAGGAGAGGUCAGAGGUCAUGGAGGAAGAUCAGGUUGAUCUGGAUGACACCCUGUCAGAGCUGGAAGCUGUGUCUCUGGGACAGCCUGGAAGUCAGGCACAAAAUGGACUUUUCAGCAGUUCCUUCACAAAUUCCAGUCAUGUUCCUUCUAACUUCUCAAACUCAUCUAUAGCUCAAGCCCUCAGGGAGAAGAGACCACUGAUCAGUCCUGCCAAACUCAAGUUUUCACUGCAGAAUAGGUCUUCAACUCCCAAAAAAUUCCAAGCAACAAAGCCAAAAAGCCAGUUCUCUGUAAGUCAAGGUUCUCAUCUGCUGGCAGAAUCAAAGAACCUUUUUCUACCUCACUCAUCACAGAAGAGAGGCUCCCUGUCGACUGUUAACUCCAGCUUUACUUCCCCUAGGCUGACUGAGAGCAGCAUUAACUCUAGUGUUCUCAGGAAAUUCCAGUCUAAACAGUUGUCACAGACUGAGAACUCUGAGCGGUACUCGGAUGACAGUGAGUCUAGUCACCAGACCUCGGUGUGUCCAGUGGACAGCACCACAAAACAGACAGCAGGCUUAUCUAUAAGAGAGUUCUUGAAGAGCCCAGGCUUUGUGGGAUUUAUCCUUGGAGCGAGUGUCAUAGGAAACAUUGCAUUAGCAAUUUAUAUAGCCAAAGUCUCCUGAUGAAAACACACAGGACUAGUCAUUAUAAAUCAGUAUUAAGGAUUUGGCGUUAGAUGUAAGACCUGCCAAAGUUCACAAUGCGAGAUUAUUGACAUGAGUUAAACAAAAAAGUCUUUGAUUAUUUCUAUUUAUACAUUUUAUACUAGGGAUGUCAAAUCAGUCAAUUUUUGAUAAUCGGUUACUCAGACGUUUUUCCGUUCGAGUACCCGGGUACUCGGUAAAAUUGUAAAUGCAGUUAAGCUGUAUUAAACCCCAAUGUUGCUUUUUUAUGUUUUUAGUGCAUGCUUAUAAAAAUCAAGUCCAACGAAAAUAAUUUAUUGUACUUAAUUUUAUUUAUUUAUUUUAUUUUAAAAAUACACACACAGGAAAGACAUCAAUUUGAUACACUAAUACUUUCAAAUGAUAUACAAUAUUUUUUGGGGGGAAGAUGCUUUAAUCAAUCUGCUACGUAUGUAAUAAUCACAUUAAUGAAACAGAAGGAACAGACAUUGUUGGGAUCCCUUGUUGUGUAUUAUUAUUAUAUCCCCUGUAUACGCUAAAUUUACUCCGCAUAGCUGACUUUAAACAUUUUUUUUCAAUCUUCACUUACAUGUAUUAUCAAAAUAUAAUUUUCUUUAUAUUUUUAAGUCGGUAGCGGCAUUCCUAUGCAUGUCAGAUUACGGUACAAUUUACUAAAUAAUUCAAAUAUGAUUUAAAGAAAACAG